AUGAAGCUUCAAGUUCUUGUUGCUGCUGCUCUUGCGGUGGUGGCCAUGGCUGCCGGCCACCCUCCAGGCGACAAGGAAAAGUGUGGACGACUUGGUGUCAAGGAAUGGGACCCUAAGAACCUGCCCGAAGGCUACAAGCUAGAGGACAUCCAGAAGUGUGCUGAACACCCUCUGGAAGUUGGCUACUAUUGGGGCUUUGGCGAGCAUUAG